UUGUUUAGUGAAUUUGUGAUACUCUAAACAUCCUGAAAUUGAAGUGUAAUUCAUCAAAAUGAUAACAUUUUUUUCAUAUUAAAAUUUAUGUUAAUGCUCGGUCCAUUCUACGUACAUAUUCAUCCGUAAAAGAAAGCAAUAUUAGCGUGAUAAUUACAUUCGUAUGUGUGGAUAUUGAUACAUCUACUUUGUUUUGAUAUUUAAAACUAUAACCUUUUACUUAACAUAUUUGUCUGAUAAGUUUUUACACAUGUACGGUAAUAGAACAGUGUUCUUUAAUUAAUAUUCCAUAUCGUAGUUGUAAGAGGCAUGUGUGUGAAUGAAUACACAAAAUGUCUUUGCCAGCUAAAGUUAAUAAAGAAAACUUUCGACUUUUGGACCUUUCUAGUGAUGAAGAAUCGGAGGAUUUGCAGUUAGAAAUAAUACCAAAUAGAAAAAAGAAAAUAACAAGAAAAGAGAGAAAUCGUACAGUACCACCCAAGGAACCAAAUGUUGGUUCGGAAGUGCAAUGUGCCUUAAAAUGGGCUGUGCGAGGCACCCUCUUGUUGUGGCUUCUGAUGCUAACAUGGAUUUGUGCAGCGCUUUAUGACCAAGUGUCCAUCAUGAAGCUAGAUAUUGCAAAAGUAUCAACGAGCAGCGACAGCGUUGGUGAUGCGCUACAGGUGUGCCACAGCGCCGCCAAGGAGUUGCGAGCGAACGCGACCAGCUUGCAUGAGCGGCUGACGAGGCUGGAAGGAGAGCAUGCUGAGCUGGCUCGGCGUGCGCAACAGACCGCCGUAGAACUGGCCUCAGUUGCCGACCAGUUAGCCGCCGCGCCCAAGCUAGCUGAUACUCCGCGCCGACUUGCCGAGCUGCAGCGGACUGUCGGCGAUAUUGGCUCGCAGAUAAAUAGUUUCGAAGGCGCGUUAAACUCAGCUCGUAAAUUAGCGUUGACGGCCACGACAGGUGUGGAUGAGGUGAAAACCUCUCUACACCAGCUUGAGCUAAGAAGUAAUGAGACCAUUGCCAACGUCACCAGCAACACCAAAAAGGAUGAUGACCUCAAGGAACAAGUUGCUACACUCAAUGCAACGCUCCUCAGCAAAGUCAAUAACCUUGAAUCGAGGAUAGAGGAGUUUAAUAAGCCAGUAAAUACUUCGGUCCCGACUCCCACGUCUACAUCUACGUCUACAACCAGUUCUACGAGCACCACCACAACUCAGACUCCAGGGCCUCCGGUGAAACCGCCCAUUUUACGACACUGAAAAGCAAUAUUCCGUAUUGCAAACAAGUUUUAGUGAUAAUGAUUGCUCACUAUCUUGUCUCAAGUAACAGCAAUACGUCCUCAAGACAAUUUUAUAAAUAAGGCAAAAAAUUAUCGUUUAAAAAAAUACCCUCCAUGUUUUAGGCGUAUUGAAAUCUAUAGAAAGGAACUUGUUAGUGAUUGUGUAAAUUUUGAAGCGAACGGAAAAUAAGAAGGCAUUUAUUUAGAUGUACUACAUCGAAGUUUGUCAGUGUCGGAAUAUCAACGAGCUAACGACGAACUGGGGUAAACAGUGAUAACUCGAUUUGAUACCAUUGUAAAUAUUUAUAAUGACUUUACAUAGUUUAAUUUGGACAUACGUGAUGUUAUAAUGUGGUCACACUGAGUGUUAUUGUCAGCAAAUGUGUGAGUUACGAAAAUAAAUUAUUGUUAUA